AUGAUAGAAAUUGCUGGUGAGCAUAACCACCUUGUAGAUUCUACUCAAAAUAUCGAAAGGCAAGUUCUAAGGGAAAACUGUAAACGUAAAGCUACAAGUUACAUAGCUACCUGGCCAAUAAAAAUAAUUAGAAGUCAACUUAUGAAUAGCAAAAACUUUCUUCCUUACCCUUCAUCUUUAGAAGAUGCCAUUAUGCAAAUGAACGAAUUACAAAAUGAAGAUUUUUUAAUGUUUAGAGGGAAAAAAUGUAUACAUUUACCUGAUGAUUGCACUUUUAUUUGCUUAAAAACUGAAGAGAAUCUUCAAUGUUUGACAAGUUGCACAGAUAUAUUUACGGACGAAACAUUCGACUAUGCUCCAAAAUUUUUUUUGCAAUUAUACACCAUUCAUGGCUAUAAAAACGGUGUUUACGUACCUUUGCAAUCACUACUUUUAAAAAUUGAAAUAUUACACAUUGAUUUUGAAAUUGGUGUUAUUCAAGCAACAAAAGAAGUUUUUCCGGAUGUUAAAAUUAAAACAUGCCGUUUUCACUUAGGACAAGCUUGGUGGCGCAAAAUUAAUGUCAAUACAAAGCUAAGAAUGGCAUACAACGAUCAAAAGAACGAUUUACAAUUAUGGCUUAAAUCAUUUUUUGGACUUUCUUUCAUCGCUCCAGAUGACGUGGAGGAUGCUUUUGUAGAGCUUAUAAGUACGUGUCCAAAUAUUGCAGAUGGACAACUAUUUUCUGACUAUGUUUUGGAGACGUAUGUUGAACCUGGUUGUUUAUUUCCACCUAUUUUAUGGGCUGAAACGUCAUCACUAAAUCCUAGAACUACAAACGGGGCUGAAAGUUUCCAUAGAACAUAUAACGCCCAGUUUACUAGUGCUCAUCCUCCGACAUUUGUUGUUAUAAGUACGCUUAUGGAAACUCAGGCAGAAACCGUCAUUAAAUUAUCAAAAGAAAAAUCAAGCCAAAAUCAAAGGAAGAACUAAAGAAAAUCGAAUUUGCCAAGGAAAGAGGAUGAUAACUGUUCACAACACCUACCGUCAUUCAAGUAGAAUAAUAAAUCAAAAAUUAUAUUAUACAAUUGAAUUUAAAAAUAUUGUUAUAAAUAUGUUCUAAAGGAUGGAUCAUCUCAG